AUGACAAGCAUUGUUAACUUGAAUGACAAGUGCCUACUUAAAAUUUUAGAGUUCCUGGAUCUUGGGGGACAACUGCUCCUGUGGGAGGCUACUGAUCCCAAAUCACGCCUGAACAAGGUGAUUUCAAACUGCUGGCAGAGCCGAAACAACCACUCUUUACAUGAUCAGGGAUAUUCUUUCCGUAGUUUUAGCUUUCCUAGUGUACGGGAAUUAGACUAUUCGCUGGAGAAAUCCGAUACAGACGAUAUAGAGACUUUGGUAAUUUGCUUUCCCCUAAUAGAGUCCUUUAAAUUAAGAGUUAAGAAUGAGGAUCCUACCUUUGAACUAUUCUCUGGUCAUCAUAUGGUCAGGUGGGAGCACCUAAGGAAAUUGGACAUUGUCGCUGCCUUUGAGCACUUGAAAACUAAAUGUUUUCAAGACAUCUGCCAGAGAUUGCAGCUUAAGUUUCUAAGUGUGACGUGGAGAGAUUCCGAGGAGGACGCCUAUGUAGAAGCCAUAGGCAAAUUGCAGGAACUGGAGGAACUGCAUUUGGAACUGAUGCUUCUCAGCAGGGAAAACACGAUACAUCUAUUGUCUCUGCCUAAGCUAAAGAAACUUCGCCUUGAUGAAUUCGAAGAUGUGGAGGAUUUGAUCGACAACGUGGUCGAAAUGCGGGGACAGGAUGUUGUAUCCUUUACCUGUAACGAGAACUUUUGGCUUUGGCUCACUCCCAACCGUUUCCAAAAUGUGCGAAAAGUGUGCAUUUUGAAUGAAGGAGUCGUGGAUGGAAUAUGGAGUCUAGAAAGCUUUAACGACGAUCUUAAAGAAUUUCCUUGCUUGACAGAAUUGUAUAUGGUGGACAUCACCAUUUGGCAGACUGGCGAUGAGUUUUGGGAGAUGAUAGCCUUCCUUCCCCAGCUGCAGCUACUAUAUUUGCAAAAUCACGAAAUUGAGGAAGGAUUCUUGGAGUUCAGUGCAGCGACUAUGGACAAGGCUUUAUAUCAACGGAAAGAUCCUUUGGUCAUACAUUUUUUGGAAACUACUCAAGAGGAUUUGCCCGAUGAACCGGUGAAUUCGGAACCAGCGAUUCUCACCGGUUCGCCGGCGAGCGAAUCAAUGCAGCUGAACCAGCGUCGCGGUUCCGAUUCCAGUUCCAGCUCCAGCAUCCCCACGGAAUAA